GCACUCACCGAAAAAUGGCGAAGCACUCUGCACACAAGGGCAAGGCCCCAGUCACAGACAAGAACAAUAAGCGCAAGAGAGACGCACAGGAUAGCAGCCAGGGGGACGCACCCGUCGCUCUCUUUGCUGCUGUCAAGGAUACCGAGUUGGACGACAUUUUUGCAAAGAGCAAUGCCUUUUCUGCACCUGCACCUGUUGCCAGUACAUCAAAAGCUCAUCUCCAGACUACAUCUGCUCCCGCAGCCAAAAAGGGCAAGAAGAGCCCUUCACCCGAAAUGGAAGAGGACGUGCGAGUAGACGAUCAGGAUGAGAGCGAGAGUUCCGAGGAAGACGAAGAUGGAGAGGACAAUGAGGCCGAGCUUUCCGAGAUUGAUGAAGAGUUGCCGGACGACGACGACGAGGAUGUUUCUGAUGCCGAGAGUGACAGUGAGGCGGCCAAGGCCAAGGAGACUAAAAAGACAAAGAAGAGCAAGCUCGGCAAGUAUGUGCCUGCUGAGGAAUCGGUACAGGACAAGAACAGGAGGACUGCGUUCAUUGGUAACCUUCCUAUCGACGCUGCAAAGUCCAAGUCGACAUUGAAACAACUCCGAGCCCACAUCAUGUCAUUUGUCCCAUCUGCCAAGAUUGAAUCUCUCCGAUUCCGAUCUGUUGCCUUUGCCACCCCUACCGCUGCGCUCCCCACUGAGGAUCCUGAGAAGGACGCCAACCAGCGUGCGAAACGAGAAAAGGAGCGUGCUGCCGCUUGGAAGGCCAAGCAAAACGCUGAUGGGGAGGAUGCGGAGCUUGACAAGGCCAAGGUGUUUAUCGAUGCCAAGGGAAAGAGAAAGGUCGCUUUCAUCAAAAAAGACUUCCACUCUGAGAUUGACUCUUGUAACGCCUAUGUCGUCUUUGCUUAUCCCCACCCUGACCGAGCUGCCAAUGUCGCCCCGAUCCUCGACCCCUUUGAGGCUGCCGCCAAGUUCAUCGCGUCUGCGAACAGCAGUACCUUUUCCGGGCGUACGAUCCGCGUCGACUCUGUCCGCUUACCUUCUUCUGUCGGUCUCGCCGGCGCGUCCACUUCCCUGAGCAAGCGGGACGCAUGGCUGCCUAGUAACACGGAUCCCAAGAAGAGUCUCUUUGUGGGCGGUUUAGACUAUGCGGCCAAGGAGGAGGAUGUCAGGGUGUUCUUUGAAGAGUUGGUCAAGGCUGAGAGGGGUGCGAACAAGGAGGGGAGCGGAAAGUGGGUUACUGGUGUGAGGAUUGUGAGAGAUAAGGAGACUCAGCUCGGUAAAGGUUUCGGUUACGUUCACUUUGCUGACCGAGAAAGCGUGGAAGAGAUUCUCGCAAUGGACGCUAAACAAAUCAAAUUCGCCAAACGAACGCUUCGUGUGCAGCCAUGCAAGACCAUCCCUACCGCCAACACUCUUCAAAACACUAUCAAAAAGAUCGCUGCCGGCUCUGGCGGCGCUUCAAAGGACAAGACCAAGAAAGCUUAUGUCCGACCGGGUGUCAUCCCCAAGGGCGACCCUGCGCUCGGUGACAAGCUCAAGAACCUGUCCAAGGAGGAACGAAAGACUAUCAAGAGCUCUGACGCUGAUCGGCAGGCGAGGAGGUUGGCGAAGAAGAAGGCCAAGAUGUCGUUGGAGAAGGACAAGGCGAAGGGUGCGGUCAAGUUGACGUUGACAAAGAGCGAGAGGGAGAAGACGAGCGCGUCAAAGAAGCCCAAGGCGAAGAAGGGGAAGAAGAGGGCGCCGUCUGCGGUUGCAAAGAUGAAGGGUUCAAGGGAGUAGACGUGUGUAUUUUUCCUGUGACUUGGAUUAUUCUCGUGCAUGAUGUAUUG